AUGCAAGCCGCCGCCGGCAACAGGCCUCACGCCGCCCUACUAGCGAGCCCCGGCAUGGGCCACCUCAUCCCGGUCCUCGAGCUCGGCAAGCGCCUCGUCACCCACCACGACAUCGCCGUCACCAUCUUCGUCGUCGCCACCGACGCCGCCACCACCAAGUCCCUCCUCAAAUCCUGCCCCACCGCCAACUUCUCCAUCGUCCCCCUCCCGGCCGUCGACGUCUCCCACCACGUCGACCCUUCCGACCACAUCGUCACCAAGCUCCUCGUCAUGAUGCGCCACUCCAUCCCCAGCCUCCGCUCCGCCAUCUCCGCGAUGGCGGACCCGCCCACCGCCCUCAUCGUCGACAUCUUCGGCACGUCGACCUUCCCCGUCGCCGACGAGCUCGGCAUGCUCAAGUACGCGUUCGACACCACCACCGCCUGGUUCCUCGCCACCACCGUCUACGGCUCCUCCGCCGAGGACGAGGUGGCAAGGCACGUCAACUCGAGGACCCCGCUCGUGGUCCCGGGUUGCAAACCGGUCCGGUUCGAGGACACGCUCGACGCCUACGAGGCGAUGGGGGACCGGGUUUUCGACGAGUUCCAGCGCGUCGGGGUCGAGCUCGCGACGGCCGACGGGAUCCUGGUCAACACGUGGGAAGAGAUGGAGGGGAAAACCCUGGAGGCUCUCAGGAACCGGAAGGCCCUGAAAGACGUGGUCAGGGCCCCGGUCUACCCGGUCGGACCACUGGUCCGACCAUCACCACCUCUGAAGACCAACGAGCCGAACGACGUCGUAGAGUGGCUGGACGGGCAGCCCGACCGGUCGGUCAUCUACGUGUCGUUCGGGAGCGGCGGGACCCUCCCGCGUGCCCAGCUGGCCGAGCUGGCGUGGGGGCUCGAGCUGAGCGGGCAGCGGUUCGUGUGGGUGGUCCGCCCUCCUCCCGUGGAGGACGGCGAUGUUUCGGCCGCUUUCUUCUCUCUUGAAGAAGAAAGUGGGUCCCAAGGACCCCACCGGUACCUUCCGGAGGGGUUUCUCUCCCGGACCCAUGACAGGGGGCUGGUGGUCCCCAUGUGGGCCCCGCAGGCGGAGAUCCUGGCCCACCCCGCGGUGGGCGGGUUCCUGUCGCACUGCGGGUGGAACUCGACGCUGGAGAGCCUGACGAACGGGGUGCCGAUGGUGGUGUGGCCGCUGUACGCGGAGCAGAAGCUGAACGCCGCCCUGCUGGCGGAGGAGCUCCAGGUGGCGGUGCGGCCGGGGUAUAACAACGGCGGCGUGGUGAAGAGGGAGGAAAUCGAGGAGAUGGUGAGGAGAGUGAUGGUGGCGAAGGAGGAAGAAGGGAAGGCGAUGAGGGAGAGGGUGAUGGAGCUGAAGGAAAGCGGGGAGAGGGCGUUGAGCCGGAAGUUGAAGGGUUCGUCGUACAGCGCGCUGGCGCAGGUGGCGAGGGAGCUUGAGCUGAACCACCAGCGGGUGGUGGCUAAAGCUCGAGGUGCUUAG